AUGCAUGACGAAUGCCAUAUUAUUCCUGCUUUUGUUCCUGAAGAAGCCGAUGUAAAGAUGGUAGACUAUUGUGACAUGAGCAAAGAGGAGAUUACUAUCAGAGGAAUCGAUUGUGUCAGGAAGCAGAAGAAAAACAACACUCGCUUGCAUUUGAACGGUGUAGAUAUUUGUGGACAAGUAUUUUAUUGGAAUGCAGUUGGCAAAUGCAAGCAAUCUGAUUUUGAGAGGGGACUAAAUCUUGUAACAAAAGGACUUGGGUUUUUAGACAAUAAAAAGAAGAAAAACUGA